AUGGAUCGUUUGUCACAGAUGCAGACUUAAAAACAACACAAAGACUCAGUAAAACACCCCGGAUGUGUUUUCUCUGUGCUGUAGAGGUCAAUCCCCAGCCGAAGCGGACGGUCAGUUGCUUGAAGUGGCUCGUAAGCUGGACAUGUACGGCAUCCGGCCUCACGCCGCCAGCGAUGGAGAAGACAUGAGAAUCAAUUUAGCCGUCACUCACUCUGGAGUGCUGGUUUUUCAGGGAAAUACUAAAAUAAACACUUUCAGCUGGGCCAAUAUUCGCAAACUCAGCUUCAAGAGAAAACACUUUUUGAUAAAACUUCAUGCAACAAUUGCGGAGUCUCGUAAGGACACCGUCGAGUUUGCCAUGGCCAGUCGAGACGUCUGCAAGGCCUUCUGGAAGACGUGUGUGGAAUACCAUGCCUUCUUCCGUCUUUCUGAGGAACCGAAGGGCAAGCAAAAAUCACUCCUCUACAGCAAGGGAUCUUGCUUUAGAUACAGUGGAAGAACUCAAAAGCAGCUUUUGGACUUUGCGAAGAAAUCUGAGAAGAACAACUUACCUUUUCAGAGGAAGUACUGUAGAGACUACUAUGAUACACGACAAUGCAGAUCCUCGCCUGACUUACUGACUGAUGUUUCCAAGCAGGCAUACGAGCAGCAGUCGUGUGGUUUUCCUCACGCCGGAAGCGGCAUGCGCAGUCAGUCGGCUGUGGAGGUUCUCGUCUCCUCUGAGCCGGAGGACUCUCAGGCGUCUUCCCUUCGGCCCUUCUGCUCUGAGGUGGACGCAGGGCCCAGUGCACAGCGGGAGCACAGGAACAACCGGAGAGCCUGGUGUAGAUGCCGUUUGAACAGACGCCAGCUGGUGCUGCUUUACCCAAACCACCCUCACGCUUGCCUGCAUCCGCUGGUGCCCGUGUGCCCGUCGUUCGCUCUGGAUCACUCCUGCACUCCGGUCCUGCUGCCGUGUUGCAGCCACAGGGCUCAUGAGAUGUUGCCGGUGACGGCAUGCUUCCUGGACGACGCCUUGCGCUCUGCGAGCUUCUCCGGAUCCGCGUACGCCUCCCCGGUGCUUACACAUUGGCAACGGUACGCCGGGAUAGGAUGGCCUCCGGUGCUCGGAGCAGCACCUGGGUUUUACGUAGCGGGAAGCUUUGGAGACAGAGAUCAGGAAGAGUUAGGCCACUUCAGUGACGACUGCAGCUACCAAACGGGACUUCCUCGCCGGUCAUACAGCCAGUCCGACAUCAAGAUGUUGUGUCAGCCGGCAGAGUUUCGCCCGCUGGGUCACUAUCCUCACCUGUCUCGACGGGAAGGCCUCACGCGGCCGACAUACCUGCCGCUGCAUUCAGCACGACCGACAGACGGCAGCAUGUCAGAACUGAGCCACAGCGACUCGGAUCCAGACGUGAUGUGUUCGUUCUACUGUCCUGGGAUCAGCAGACUGGUGCGCUCCACGCCUCUGGCGCGCAUGCGCAUUUCCUCCGGAAGCUUACAGCUGGACGAAGAGGAGGAGCGUUCAUUUAGUAAUGAAGGCACAUCUGCGACAGCUGUUAAAGCCAAACACAAGUCCUGAGAAUAAAACUGUAAACUCAUUCAGUAGCCAAAAGCAUCAUAACCGCAUAUGAAAUGUCAGAAAAAUCUAAUUUUUUUGUUAGUGAAAAUACUAAUGGCCUAAGACUUUUGCACAGUAGUGAAUAUGACCAAAAGGUGAUGAAAUUCUGACAUAAAAUUAUAU